AUGACCGACUACACCGAUAACGCCGGAACCACGUACGGGAACACCAACACCUAUGACACGACGGGCUCUACAACGGGCUACGGUACCACGGGAAGCAACACCUAUGACACGACGGGCUCUACAACGGGCUACGGUACCACGGGAACCACCUAUGACAACACAGGCUAUGGUACCAGGGGCUACGGCACCACCGCUGGCACAUACGGCACCACCUACGACAACGGCUACGGCACAACCGCCUACGAUCCCACCACUGGAGCGUACGACCAGCACAUGGACUAUCGUACCGAUGGCUCGACGAGGCAUCACCGUGAAAGAGUGAAUCCUAGCGGGACAUAUCGACACCGCGAUGUCGAUCGCCGCGAUGACGGCACCGUCCGUGUCCAUAGAGAAUAUGACAACCCUAAUACCGGGACCAGCUACCACCGGGACUAUGAGCGAUAG